UUCAGUAAAGAAAGCCAUACGACGAGGGGGAUGCGCUAAGUUCGCUUUGGUAACACCAUAUCCUCUCCCUUUGGAGGUAACACCAUAUCCUCUCCCUUUGGUGUCCGCUCUCCUCUCGCUUCCUCUCGUCUUCUCGCGUCGUCUCUCGUCCUAUCCACCCCAAGCUCGCGGCGUCGUUGGCUGAGAAGAUGGUUCCACGAUGAUUUUUCGUCCAAAUGCCAGGAUCUCGUGGUGAUGUCGCCGUGCCAGUGAUCGUCGACCAGAUGUCCGCGUCUUGCGUCAAGGUCGUCCAGGAUUAUUGCGCCGCGCCAGUCAUAGUCGCACAAUGAUCGCCGCGUAAACCUGCCACGUGUCAACACCCUGCGAUGCCAUGCGACGCGCGGAAUGUAACUAAUCGUGUUCGGAGCCUCCCCAUGAAACCUCGAUUCGCGCUCAAUGCAAUAAUGCUGCCUCAAUUCCUCCUCUGUCGAUCAAUGCUCGCGCAGCAGCUGCUCCUGCUGCUCCUGCUGCUACCUGCAGCACGUCAGGUUUCCGCUCGUGUACCGUUCCUAAGCGAAUCGCUAUACGCAUCCGCGACAAAAGCCUCUACACAACCAACGUCGCUUAGCUCCUUCCGCCUUCACGAGGACUCAAACGAGCUCAAUCGAAGCCCAUCCUUCCAAGCCAACGCUCAAAGUGAUGACCAGACAGCGCCGUUACCAGGACCUGACUUCUUUCCACGAUUGAUCUUUAGACAACGCAGGGAUUCGAACCUACGACCUUUCGCCUUCCGUGGGAACAGAGGAGAGAGUGUGGAUGGGGAAACUGAUCCGCGUGGUGAUUCUGGUUCGAGGAGCAGAGUGCUAAAAGCGGAUGCGCUUCCAACGAGUUCGGCGGGUGAGAGUAAGGCAGAGCGUGACAGCAAUAGGAGCAACAGCAACAGUAGCAGCAGUGGCAGCGGCAGCAACAGCACCACCAGAAAUAGUAAAAGCAGCAGUAGCCACAACAGCAGCACAAGUGGUGGGAGCAGCAGCAGCAGCAGCAGCAGCAGCAGCAGCAGCAGCAGCAGCAGCAGCAACAGCAGCAAGAGUGGUGAGAGCAACCAAUCUUGGAUUGCCAGCAGUAGCGACAUCAGCAGCAGUGAAGGCAAAACCACUGACACCACGAGCAGCAGCAACAAUGGCACCACUGACAGUCCUCAGAGUAGCAGUGGGAACAGCGGAAGCAGCAGUACCUUGGAGAGCGCAAGCGGCAGUAACAGCAGCAGCAACGCUGGCAAUGGCAGCAAUAGCACAGUCGUCACUAGCAGCAGCAGCAGCAGCAGCAAUCAGAACAGCGACAGCACGACCAGCAACAGUAACAAAAGCAGCAACAGCAACGAUAGCAACAGCAACAGCACCAGUGACCCCACCUCUCUCUCCCCCACCAGUCGAGCCAUCCUGAUAUCAGCCCUCACCAUCUCCCUAUCCCUCGCUCUCAUUGCUGCUCUAGCUGCUUCCACCAUGGCUCUGCUGCUAUACCGCCGCCUCCCGCCCAAUCCGCACACGCCACGUGGCGGUUUCUCAGUGGUCGCAGCACAGGAUGGUUCAAGUGACGGUGGGGGGAGUACCGGCAGUAGCAUCAGCAACAGCAACAGCUGCAGCAUUGGAAGUGGGAGUAGCAGGGGGGUUAGCGGCCGAGGUGGUUUACCCAGCCCGUUUGGGGGUAAUUUACCCAGUCCGUUUGGGGGUGGUUUGCCCAACCCGUUUGGGGGGAGGAGAGAGAAGAGGCGGCCGCUUGGGGAGCAGUUGGAGGAAGGUGAGGGGAGCUGGGGGGAAGAUGGGGAAGGAGGAGGGGGUGCUGCUGCUGCUGCUGCUGCUGCUGCUGCUUCUGCUGGUGUUAAUGCUGCUGGCCCUAGUGCUGGUGCUGCUGGUGCUGGUGCUGCUGGUGCUGGUGCUGCUGGUGCUGGUAGUGCUGGUGGUAGUAGCCACAUCGGGGAUGUGGCGGACGUGAGGGAGGCGAGUGAGGAGGAGGCGUCGUUUGACAUUCAGAAAGUGGUGGAGUUCUCUCUUGCUGACCUCGUGGCUGCGACUGACGGCUUUGCUGAGAGCAACCACCUGGGACAAGGCAGCUACGGCAAUGUGUACCGAGGCAGGCUCAAGUCGGGAGAGGUGGUGGCAGUGAAACGAGCGAAGGCGGAGAGAAGACAGGAUAUGAGCAAGUUCAAGAAAGAGGUCAUGCUGCUCUCUAGAGCGCGCCACAAGCACCUCGUACAACUGCUAGGCUAUUGCAGGGAGGAGCAGGAGCAGCUGCUAGCGUACGAGUUCAUAGGGGGAGGAACCCUCUCUCAGAAUCUCAACCCCUCCUGGAGAGCCAGACAAAGCAAGCCGCCCCUCAACUGGACUGAGCGGUUGCUGGUGGCGGUGGGGACGGCGCGCGCGCUGGCAUACCUGCAUGAUGACGUCAGCAUGCCGUUCAUUCACCGCGAUGUGAAGCCUGGCAACAUCCUCUUGGACCGCCACGUGGUGGCGAAGCUGGCAGACUUUGGCACAUCGCGAGCCGUGGACACCUCCUCGUAUUCCGCGUCCAUUCAGGGCACUGCGGGCUACUGCGACCCCGACUACCUCAAGACCGGGAAGCCGUCCAAGCGCAUCGAUGUGUACAGCUUCGCCAUUGUUCUCCUCGAGCUCAUCACUGGGAAACCUCCCAGAAGCGUCUCCAGGCCCUACCGCUUCCAUGUCCAAGAUUUAUUCGAAAAGAAGGGCCUUGCUGGUGUGGUGGACCAGUCUAUGGGCAUUUACCCUGAAAAAGAGGUCACUCGGAUCCUCGGCCUGGCAUUCAGGUGCACAGACAUAAAAAACCCCGCCUCCCGACCUUCCAUGGGCCGAGUGGUUACAGAGUUGGAAUCGGUGCUGGAGCCCGAGAGGGUACUUCCGGUUACAUCGGCGGUAACACGACACGCUCACCAACAUGAUAUCAGCUUAUCUAGAGGUGUUGGCGACGGGAGUCAAGAGGCCACAUAUGCGAGUGAAUCAAAGGGGACGAGUGUAGAUGAAAACAGUGAGAGAAGACGAGAUGAAAGAAAGGAAGGGCACGCAAUUGGAGAGGGAGCCAGUGUAGGAGGAGAUGUGAGUACCGAGUUGUCAUUUGACUGGAAUUUGCAGGAAGGAGGCAGUGGUGGGUUGGGGCGAGGUGGGCAAAACUCAUCCCUCGUAAGAGGCGUGGAUAGGCCAAGCAGAUUCUCAUUUCGCGGUCAAGCAUUUGAAGAUUCUGAUAGGGAGUUUGAUGAGAGCGGGGUACUAAGCUAUGGGCCAAUUAAUCCAGCCUAAACAUAUGUAUCGGUGUCGUGUAACAUGUGCUAUUAGU